AUGGUCCCCCCCUUCUUGAACACAGCCCCAUCAUUGUCCCCCCCUUCUGACACAGCCCCAUCAUGGUCCCUUCUGAACACAGCCCCAUCAUGCCCCAUCAUGGUUCCCCCUUCUGAACACAGCCCCAUCAUGGUCCCCCUUCUGAACACAGCCCCAUCAUGGUUCCCCCUUCUGAACACAGGCCCAUCAUGGUUUCACCCUUCUGAACACAGCCCCAUCAUGGUCCCCCCUUCUGAACACAGCCCCAUCAUGGUUCCCCCUUCUGAACAUAGCCCCAUCAUGCCCCAUCAUGGUUCCCUUCUGAACACAGCCCCAUCAUGGUUACCCCCUUCUGAACACAGCCCCAUCAUGGUUCCCUCUUCUGAACACAGCCCCUUCAUGAUCCCCCUUCUGAACACAGCCCCAUCAUGGUUCCGCCUUCUGAACACAGCCCCAUCAUGGUUCCCCCUUCUUGAACACAGCCCCACAUCAUGGUUCCCCCUUCUGAACACAGCCCCAUCAUGCCCCAUCAUGUUCCCCCUUCUGACACAGCCCCAUCAUGGUCCCCCUUCUGAACACGCCCCAUCAUGGUUCCCCCUUCUGAAGACACAGCCCAUCAUGGUUCCCCCUUCUGAACACAGUCCCAAAAUGAUUCCCCCUUCUGAACACAGCCCCAUCAUAGUUCCCCUUCUGAACACAGCCCCAUCAUGGUUCCCCAUCUGA